AUGAGGAACUCAGUGCUGUCCAUCUUCAAUGGAGACGUUAGUGUUCAUGUAGACGUUAGUGAUAAUGGAGAUAUUAGUGAUCAUGGAGACGUUAGUGAUCAUGGAGACGUUAGUGUUCAUGUAGACGUUAGUAAUAAUGGAGACGUUAGUGUUCAUGUAGACGUUAGUGAUCAUGGAGACGUUAGUGUUCAUGUAGACGUUAGUGAUAAUGGAGACAUUAGUGAUGUUGUAAUCCACAAGCUACGUCACGACAGUGAUCAUGGAGACGUUAGUGUUCAUGGAGACGUUAGUGAUCAUGAAGACCUUAGUGUUCAUGGAGACGUUAGUGAUCAUGAAGACGUUAGUGAUCAUGGAGACGUUAGUGUUCACAGAGACGUUAGUGAUCAUGGAGACGUUAGUGAUCAUGAAGACGUUAGUGAUCAUGGAGACGUUAGUGAUCAUGAAGACGUUAGUGUUCACAGAGACGUUAGUGUUCAUGGAGACGUUAGUGAUCAUGAAGACGUUAGUGAUCAUGGAGACGUUAGUGUUCAUAGAGACGUUAGUGUCCAUGGAGACAUUAGUGACCAUGGAGACGUUAGUGAUCAUGGAGACGUUAGUGAUCAUGAAGACGUUAGUGAUCAUGGAGACGUUAGUGUUCACAGAGACGUUAGUUUUCAUGGAGACGUUAGUGAUCAUGAAGACCUUAGUGUUCAUGGAGACGUGAGUGAUCAUGAAGACGUUAGUGAUCACAGAGACGUUAGUGAUCAUGGAGACGUUAGUGAUCACGGAGUCGUUAGUGAUCAUGGAGACGUUAGUGAUCACGGAGUCGUUAGUGAUCAUGGAGACGUUAGUGAUCAUAGAGACGUUAGUGAUCAUGGAGACGUUAGUGAUCAUGGAGACGUUAGUGUUCACAGAGACGUUAGUGUUCAUGGAGACGUUAGUGAUCAUGGAGACGUUAGUGAUCAUGGAAACAUUAGUGAUCAUGAAGAUGUUAGUGAUAAUGAAGAUGUUAGUGAUCAUGGAGACGUUAGUGAUCACAGAGACGUUAGUGAUCAUGGAGACGUUAGUGAUCACAGAGUCGUUAGUGAUCAUGGAGACGUUAGUGAUCAUAGAGACGUUAAUGAUCAUGGAGACGUUAGUGAUCAUGGAGACGUUAGUGAUCAUGGAGACGUUAGUUAUCAUAGAGACGUUAGUGAUCAUGGAGACGUUAGUCAUCAUGAAGACGUUAGUGACCAUGGAGACGUUAGUGUUCACAGAGACGUUAGUGAUCAUGGAGACGUUAGUGAUCAUGGAGACGUUAGUGAUCAUGAAGACGUUAGUGAUCAUGGAGACGUUAGUGAUCACAGAGACGUUAGUGAUCAUGGAGACGUUGUGUUCAAGAAGACUGUUCAUGAAGACGUUAGUGAUCAUGGAGACGUUAGUGUUCAUGAAGACGUUAGUGAUCAUGGAGACGUUAGUGAUCAUGGAGACGUUAGUGUUCAUGGAGACGUUAGUGUUCAUGAAGACGUUAAUGAUCAUGGAGACGUUAGUGAUCAUGGAGACGUUAGUGAUCAUGGAGACGUUAGUGAUCAUGAAGACGUUAGUGAUCAUGGAGACGUUAGUGAUCAUGGAGACGUUAGUGUUCAUGGAGACGUUAGUGUUCAUGGAAACGUUAGUGAUCAUGGAGACGUUAGUGUUCACAGAGACGUUAGUGAUCAUGGAGACGUUAGUGAUCAUGGAGACGUUAGUGAUCAUGGAGACGUUAGUGAUCAUGAAGACGUUAGUGUUCACAGAGACGUUAGUGAUCAUGGAGACAUUAGUGAUCAUGAAGAUGUUAGUGAUCAUGAAGAUGUUAGUGAUCAUGGAGAUGUUAGUGAUCAUGGAGACGUUAGUGAUCAUGGAGACGUUAGUGAUCAUGGAGACGUUAGUGAUCAUGGAGACGUUAGUGUUCAUGGAGACGUUAGUGAUCACGGAGUCAUUAGUGAUCACGGAGACGUUAGUGAUCACGGAGACGUUAGUGAUCACGGAGACGUUAGUGAUCAUGGAGACGUUAGUGAUCAUGGUGACGUUAGUGAUCAUGGAGACGUUAGUGAUCAUGGAGACGUUAGUGAUCAUGGAGACGUUAGUGUUCACAGAGACGUUAGUGAUCAUGGAGACGUUAGUGAUCAUGGAGACGUUAGUGAUCAUGGAGACGUUAGUGAUCAUGGAGACGUUAGUGAUCAUGGAGACGUUAGUGAUCAUGGAGACGUUAGUGAUCAUGGAGACGUUAGUGAUCAUGGAGACGUUAGUGAUCAUGGAGACGUUAGUGAUCAUGGAGACGUUAGUGAUCAUGGAGACGUUAGUGUUCACGGAGACGUUAGUGAUCACGGAGUCGUUAGUGAUCACGGAGACGUUAGUGAUCACGGAGACGUUAGUGAUCAUGGAGACGUUAGUGAUCAUGGAGACGUUAGUGAUCAUGGUGACGUUAGUGAUCAUGGAGACAGACGUUAUAGUGAUCAUGGAGACAUUAGUGAUCAUGAAGAUGUUAGUGAUAAUGAAGAUGUUAGUGAUCAUGGAGACGUUAGUGAUCAUGGAGACGUUAGUGAUCAUGGAGACGUUAGUGAUCAUGGAGACGUUAGUGUUCAUGGAGACGUUAGUGAUCACGGAGUCGUUAGUGAUCACGGAGACGUUAGUGAUCACGGAGACGUUAGUGAUCAUGGAGACGUUAGUGAUCAUGGAGGCGUUAGUGAUCAUGGUGACGUUAGUGAUCAUGGAGACGUUAGUGAUCAUGGAGACGUUAGUGAUCAUGGAGACGUUAGUGUUCACAGAGACGUUAGUGAUCAUGGAGAUGUUAGUGAUCAUGGAGACGUUAGUGAUCAUGGAGACGUUAGUGAUCAUGGAGACGUUAGUGAUCAUGGAGACGUUAGUGAUCAUGGAGACGUUAGUGAUCAUGGAGACGUUAGUGAUCAUGGAGACGUUAGUGAUCAUGGAGACGUUAGUGUUCACGGAGACGUUAGUGAUCACGGAGUCGUUAGUGAUCACGGAGACGUUAGUGAUCACGGAGACGUUAGUGAUCAUGGAGACGUUAGUGAUCAUGGUGACGUUAGUGAUCAUGGAGACGUUAGUGAUCAUGGAGACGUUAGUGAUCACGGAGACGUUAGUGUUCACAGAGACGUUAGUGAUCAUGGAGACGUUAGUGAUCAUGGAGACGUUAGUGAUCAUGGAGACGUUAGUGAUCAUGGAGACGUUAGUGAUCAUGGAGACGUUAGUGAUCAUGGAGACGUUAGUGAUCAUGGAGACGUUAGUGAUCAUGGAGACGUUAGUGAUCACGGAGACGUUAGUGAUCAUGGAGACGUUAGUGAUCAUGGAGAAGUUAGUGAUCAUGGAGACGUUAGUGAUCACGGAGACGUUAGUGAUCAUGGAGACGUUAGUGAUCAUGGAGACGUUAGUGAUCAUGGAGACGUUAGUGAUCAUGGAGACGUUAGUGAUCAUGGAGACGUUAGUGAUCAUGGGGACGUUAGUGAUCAUGGAGACGUUAGUGAUCAUGGAGACGUUAGUGAUCACGGAGACGUUAGUGAUCAUGGAGACGUUAGUGAUCAUGGAGAAGUUAGUGAUCAUGGAGACGUUAGUGAUCACGGAGACGUUAGUGAUCAUGGAGACGUUAGUGAUCAUGGAGAUGUCAAAACUGCAGGACCAAAGAAUACUAUGUUGAUUGAAAGAAAGCAAGACAAGAGGACUCAGGUGGAAGCUGGAAACGCAAGUGAGCCGAAGGGACGUAAGGAAGUACUCAUAUCCAGUACGGGUACAGGGUACGAAUACUUCCUACGGAGCCAGUGGAAUGCUCUGAAGGAAGAAGUUGUGGACGCCAACUUCACCCUCCAAAUUAUAGGCCCAUUUCGACACAGCAAUUUAAUGUCAGAAUAG